GGUGCUUCACCAACAAUAUUUAUUUGCGUUCUUUGUUUCCGUUUCGUGCGGUUGAUAACGGUUGAUCUUGAUCCGGAACUGUAGUGCAAUCAGGAACUUGAUCGGGAAGUGCGCAAUGGAUGACGAUGGCGAGAAAAUCUCGCUAAAGAUAGCAGAGUUAUCGAUCGCGAAAUUCAACCAGACCAUCCCACAGUAUCUGGCCGUGCUGCAGAACCACAAAUGCAACAUCGAGAAGGCAGGCUCGCUGCACCUGUGGGACAAGGUGAAGCGGGAACAGAUCAAUGCGUCGCGCAUCGUAAAACAGAUCAAGUUCAUGCUGGUGGAAAUCGACAAGGUCCGCCGACGGGUGCGGGCGGACGAUCUGAAGAAGUUCGACGAGGCCAUCGAGGCGGUGAAGAAACGUUCCUACGACAGCAUGGCGGAGUACAUCGCGAUGCAGCAAGCGUUACGCGAACAAUCGCUUCGAGAUGCGCAGUUCGAAGAUGAGGUAGCCAGCGACAAUAUCCCGUACGGUUCGAAUCGGCAGCUGGCGUACGUGCCGCAGAUUUCCAGCACUUUCAACAAGGCCGAAGCAGAGCUGCAGGAGCGUGAAGAGUGUCUUCGGCAGAUGACUCAGUUACAGCGCGAAAUGGAGGAUAUUCAAGACCUGUACCAGAAGGUGCACGUGUUGGUCAACGAGCAGGGCCAAUCGGUGACGCAAGUCGAGCAGAACGUUGAAUUGACACACAUCGAGGUCGAGGCCGGUGUGACGGCCCUGCGAAGGGCGUUGGCGUACAAGAAGGCCGUUUACCCGUUGGCCGGUGCCCUGCUCGGUACUUGCAUCGGUGGACCGAUCGGGCUGGUGGUGGGCCUGAAGGCGGGUGGACUGGCCGCCAUCGGUGGAGGUUUGGUGGGCUUUGCCAGUGGCAAAAUGAUCAAAAACGUCGACGAUGUAUCUGCGAACCGCGAGGUCGAACAAGAGGAGGCGCUCGGCAGCGACAGUGCCACGGAAGCGAUAACCGGGGAGCCCGGAGAGCAAGCGCUUGUCGCUGAACAGCCGAUUGUGUCGCGCACUUGACAAUUGCUGAAUCGGUGCACCAUCCAGUAAGGCUUUCCGUAUGCUCGCAAUAUUCCCUUUGCUAGCAUGCUCCUGUAUAUAGAUCGUUCUAAAGCUUCUAGGGAGGAAUCCACGACUAGCUUCGCCGGCGAUUUACGAUAUUAAUGUUGUUAGCCCUUAGGUAUGUGAUUACGAAGUAAACACUGUUUUAUUAUGUUUAAACUAU